AUGUCAUAUAAGCUUGUUAUUCUAGGAGAUAUUAAUGUUGGAAAGACUGCUCUCACAAUUCAGACCUAUGACCCAACAAUUGUAGCUUCAUAUAAAAAACAAACAGUGACUGAUGAUCAACCCUAUGUGAUAGAUGUGUUGGAGACUGCAGGACAAGGGGAAUACACACCACUUUGGGAUCAAUUGAUCAGAGAUGGAGAAGGAUUCCUUUUAGUAUAUUCCAUAUCAUCACGUUCAACGUUUGAACAAGUAGAAAAGUUUAAAGAUCAAAUAAUAAGAGUAAAAGGCUCUAAUAAAAUUCCACUUAUACUUAUAGGAAAUAAAUGUGACAAGCACACAGAACGGGAGGUGUCAAGGGAAGAAGGAAUAAAUAUGGCAAAGAGACUUGGCUGUGAAUUUUUUGAAAGUUCAGCAAAGACAUUUGUAAAUGUAGAAAGUCCAUUUUACACAGUAGUUCAAAUGAUAAGACAAAGAUCAAUUUCAGAAGAGGAAAAAAAAUUUAAAAAUCAACUUAAAAGGGAACAUAUUUUAUUUCUUGAUUAUAAUUCUUUUCAAAAUAUUAAAAUUAUUGAUAGUGGAUCAUUUGGAACAAUUUCUCGUGCAUCUUCAAAACAUCAUCAAGGACUUGUGGCAUUAAAAUCUAUUGGUAUUGACCAGACAUAUACUUUUGAACAGCUUCUUAAUGAGGCAAAACAACAUUGUAAAGUAGAACAUCACAGUAAUAUAUUAAAAUUUUAUGGCAUAACAAAAGAAA